UAUAUGUGUGCAUAUUAGUAUUCUGUUAUUAUUAUUAUUUUUUUUAUAGCAUAAUUUUAACGGUUGUAAGUGUCUUUUGGAUUUGUUUUUCCGAACUACUGAUCUGUGAUAUUUUUGUUGGUUCUGUAAUUUUGCCAUGAAAGGUCCUUUUCAAGCUGCGGUGUUUACUAAAUCAAAAUUGACUUUCUAGAAAUGCAAUGAGAAAUUAAACAUGGAUGAAGCUUCGCCGAUCUUGGGCAAUUCAAUUCAAAAGUAAUUUUUUGACCAAAAAAAAGAAAAACGAAAAAAAAUUCUAACAGUAAUUUUGACGGAAACUAUGAUUUUCUUUGGAACAGGGAUUUUUUGGGUUGAUUUCAAGGGAAAUAAGAGAUUCUAAAGCUGCGACACGGUAUUGAGAUGAGACAGGGUAUUGUCCAGAGACAGGGUACUGAGAUGAGCUAUGAGAGAAGAAUCAUUUCCAUGUUUGGUUAAAUCACUUUGAAAGAGACAGAGAGAUAGUUCUUGGAAGGGUAAUCCUUACGUUUGGUGGUUUGAUUGGAUAGAAGGGGAAUUUUAGAGGGAUAGAUGGGGUCUUUCAAGGGGCAUGUUCUUCCGGGGACGUUGUUUCUUUUGGUUGGGGUAUGGCAUGUAUGGAGCUCUUUGUUCAGAUAUGUAACAAACCCCAAGUCGUUUCGAGUUAGGGUUUGGAAUCCUGUACCGGGUUUUGAUGGUAGGAUCAAGCACUUGGAGCUUUACCUUAUAGCAAUUGGCGCGUUUAUUGAUAUGUGCAUAGAGCUCCUGUAUUCAACCCACCUGAAUUUCUUUAUUAAUGGUGUAUUGAACCCCCAUCAUAUGAACGAUUUUGAGCACUCCGGAAUGCUUCUCAUGUUCUUCAUCUUUGGCGUCAUCACUCUGCUCUCAGAGAAAACCAGUUUUCUUCCAUUGCCAGAAGGAGCUUUGUGCUUGAUUGCUGCCACGGCAUUCUGUGCAGAGUAUAUACUAUUCUACUUCCACUCAACUAGCCAUACAGGCCUCGAGGGAUACUACCACCUCCUCCUCGUCCUCCUUAUAGGCCUCUGCGUUUUAUCCACCAUUGUCGGGGCCCUCAUCCCAACCAGCUUUCCAGUUGAUUUGUGUAGUGGCAUUGCUAUAACACUCCAAGGCCUCUGGUUCUAUCAGACGGCAUUCACCCUCUACGGCCCCAUGAUGCCAAGUGGCUGUCAGCUCAAGGAAGAUACGAUUUCAUGUCAUUCAAAGGAUCAAGAGGUCCGAGGAGAAUUGCUUGCGAACUUCCAGCUAUUUGGCAUUUCGUUUGGUUCCCUUGUUGCGGUUGUUGUAUCGUACAUUUUCGCAGCUUCGAGAUUUGGGCAUUCUGAUCUUAGGAGCUCGCAUGCAGCUCUGGAUGGAAUAGAUCAUGAUUAAAAAGUAGGUUAACCUCGUAUCCCAUUCAUCUAGGGUUUCUUUUUUUCCUUUCAAAUGCUGAGGGACUAUAGUGUCUUCUUUAGAAGACAAAAGUCAUUCAUAUGUGAAAUAGUUAAUUUUGUUUACAUGCGUUUUUAACAUUUAUGUCACUUGUAGGAAAUUAGAACAAUCUCAUGGGAUCCAAACAGUGAUUAUAUAUGUGCAAUAAAAGAAACCCAUUCCCGUGUA